AUGUUUGUGCCGCCGCCGACGACGACGACGACGACGACGUCAUCGUCUGCGUCGUCGUCGGCCAUGACAGACGCCAUGACCGACGACAGCGGCGUCAGCACCGCCAGCACAAACAACAACAUCCACAACAGCAACAUCAACAAUAAUAUCACGACAAGCAGCAGCAGAGUCCGGUGUAUUGUUGUUGGUGGCACCAAGUUUUUUUAUGGCGAGGAUUACUUGAGGACUGCCUUGGGCGAAAUUCCGCAGCCUGAUGAAAGUCUGGUCUUUGGUGCCUGUGGACCUUGUGAUAAACUGGCCAAUAAAAAGGCCCGGCCGAUAUCGGAUGACGAGCGGAUGUCCUUGACAACAGCCAUCAGCGACGAAGAGGACCUGGACAGUGCGCACAACUCUCCUUACCAUCAGCACCACAGGGCCAGUGGCGGCGGCGGUGGUGGUGGUGGUGGCAGUGGUGGUGGUGGUGGUGGCAGUGGACGAUCAAGCAGAGCCGGGGUUGCCAAAGCCGCAUCAUCAUCCACUGCUGCAUCUGCUGCCUCCUUCAACUGCACCGGGGCUGUCAGGAAAGCCGGGUUCUUGAGUGUGAAGAAGUGGCUGUUGAGGAAGAAGCACCAGGUUGAACUGGCCAGGAAGCGGGGCUGGAAGGGGUACUGGGUGUGCCUCAAGGGCACGACCCUCCUUUUCUACCCGUGUGACUCCAGAGAGGGACGCAGUGUGGAACAGGCCCCCAGGCACUUGAUCAUUGUGGAUGGCGCCAUCUUGCAGCCCAUUCCUGAGCAUCCAAAGAGGGACUACAUUUUCUGCCUCUCCACUGCUUUUGGGGAUGCCUACCUCUUCCAGGCUCCAUGCCAGGUCGAGCUGGAGAAUUGGGUCAACAGCAUUCAUGGUGCUUGCGCAGCUGCCUUUGCCAGGCACAGGGGCAAAACUGGCACACUUCAUUUGCUCCAGGAAGAGAUCCUGCGUCUGGAGAAGUCUAUUGAGUCUGACUUGAAGCUGAAGCACAUGGCGGAACUGCAGUUGUCAGUUGUGAGUGAAGCUGAUAGCAAGCAGCAAAUUGGAGACCAGAUUUCUAAAUGGGAGGAAAAUCUGGAAAGGCUGAGGACUGAGCAAUUCAGGCUCAAAUGCUACAUGACUUCUCUACAGGGCAAUGAGUUGCCAAAUCCCAAGGGCCUUCUAACAUACGUGUCGAGGAAUACGAAGGCGACUUUGAACCGUUUAGGAGUGUUCACAGUGUCGUCGUUGCAUGCGUACAUUUGCGCCAGGAGCCCGUCGUUGUUGAGCAAUUUGUUGGCGGGACGCGGCGCCACAAAACGCCGCCCCCCGAAUGCUCUGUCGCGCUCUGACUCAGCUUCCAGCCGCAAGUCGAUGCAAAUGGCCGCCGCCUCUGCCAGCGACUCUGGAAAGGCCUAUACUGUGUCCAUGCCUGAAGACCAGGCGGUGACAGUGCAUUUGAGGGACGGAAUGACUGUGGAGGAAUUUAUUGUCAGUGCUUGUACCAAGAAAGGAUUGAGUCCACAGGAGCAUUUUUUAAGGGUCAAAAAGCGCAAAACGAUGGAGGACCACAAUUUCUUCGUGCCGCAUCGGUCCGACCAGAUCGAAAAUUAUUUGCUGAGCCACGAAGUGGUGGAAAUUUGUGGGAAGAUCUUGUACCAGGUCGACCUGGGUCGCGGGUCUCGCGACCAGAUGUGGGGUUUCAGCGUGGAAGCAGAAUUGGCCGAGAACUCAGAGAAACAAGAUGAAUUGUGUUGCUAUGUGUCCCGCGUGGAAGACGGAUCGGUCGCAAUGCAAAGCGGAUUGAUGAAAGGGGAUGAGAUCAUGGUGAUCAAUGGAGCCAUUGUGAGUGACUUGGACAUGAUGCAUAUUGAGAGUGUGUUGCAAGAAGAGACUGGGCUUUGCCUGAUGAUGAGAUCUGCCAGGACUUCGCCGCCAGUCACUGGCCUCCUGAGGUCCACUGAUGACAUCAUGAGCCUGGUGUGUCCUCCGCCUCCGUCUGACAACUCCAUCCCUGACGAGAUGAUCUCCAACAUGAUCGUUCCUGCCCCUACUUACAAGGAAUUGGCGGGGAUGGGAUGCCCGCCCCCUCCUCCACCCCCAGUCAGAGCUGAUCUCUCCGGAAGACCACAGAGGACUUCCUCGUUUGAAAUUGACAACCUGCUGAAGACUGCAGAGCAGAUUACGGGCUACUGCAGGACUUCACCAGCAGACAUGAACUCAAAGCUUAGUCCCACAGGAAGUGUGUCUUCCUCUGCAUUCGGAUCAUUCCAUCAUCAUGUAUCAACACCCACUUCAGCAUCUUCGAUUAGACAGAUGAGUGACUCUGAGAGGAUCAGGAAAGUGCUUGUGGAGCUGAUUGAAACUGAACGAGCUUAUGUCAGAAAUUUGAACAAUCUUUUGUCAAACUAUUUGGAGCCUCUGAAGAGUGAAACCUUCCUGAGCACGGCAGAAAUAAACGCACUUUUCGGGAACAUCACAGAGAUAGUUUCCUUCCAGCGAAUGUUCCUCAGGUCCUUGGAAGAAGCUGCUAACAUUGACGGCGACUUCACCAAGUUCGAGGAGCCGCAUCAGUUCAAGAAUGCCCUGUUUGCUUUGGGGAACGCGUUUCUCUUCCAUGCCAAGAACUUCAAGCUUUAUAGCUCUUUCUGCGCCAGCCACUCCAAGGCCCAGAAAGUUUUGCACCCUAGUGAUGGAAACCAGGCAUUGCAGAGGUUUUUGGCAGCUAGGAACACCAAGCAGCAGCACUCCAGCAGUCUGGAGUCUUACCUGAUCAAGCCCAUUCAGAGGAUCCUCAAGUAUCCCUUGAUCCUGCAUCAGUUGCGUUCUUUGGUAGAUCCUGACUCUGAGGAGCACCAACAUUUGGGUGAUGCUCUUGGAGAAAUGGAAGGUGUAGCAGAGCACAUUAAUGAGAUGCAAAGAAUCCAUGAGGAGUAUGGAGCAAUAUUUGACCACCUCUGUAGACAAUAUAGCAAGCACCCAAACAAAUCUACUCAGCCUGUUGAUCUCAGCCCAGGGGAGCUGCUGUAUUAUGGAGGUGUUGAAUGGCUCAACAUUGCUGAUUUCUUGGGAAAAGUGAAAAAGGGGCUUGAGCUUCAUGCCAUGUGUUUUGUGUUCAAGUCUGCUGUGGUGUUCUUGUGCAAGGAGAGACUCAAGCAAAGGAAAAAGAUCAUGGGAGGAGCUUCUGGAAAACCUGGAGGCUCUGGUUCUGAAGUAGAAAUAAUUAGGUACCAAGUCCUUGUUCCUGUGAAUGAAGUUCAGGUCAGGUCUUCUUCUCUGAAAGACCAGAGUUCUCAGUUCCUGUGGGAGUUGAUUCACUUGAGGUCAUCUGCAAACUCUGGUGCUGGCCAGUCUCAGGCAAAUCAGAAGCGCAGUUCAUCGCCCGCAGUGUCCCCAAGAACUCCAGGAGCAGAGGCCAGCAGGUCUGAUGAGGAACCAUUAGGUAUGGAUGAUGACAAUGAGGAUAACUAUGAUGAUGAGAAUGGGAAAGCAGACCCUAAGCAGCAGAAGAAAAAGAAGUCUGCCAUGUUGGGUAGAACUCCGAACCACUUGAGCUUGAGUUCUACUUCUACCAUCUCAGGGAGUGGUUCUAGUGCUGGUGCCACUGCAUCAGCUUCUGGACUUGGUGUGCAGCAGCAGCAGCAAAGUCUGCCAUGUUCCCCAGUGUGGAAGCCCAGGGAUGGAGCAGAGGCAUUCCCAAUGCCCCCAGCAGGAAGCCAGCAGCACUUGCAGCCAACCACCAGCAGUCCAUACUUGUCCCCCAACCCAUCAACCCCUGCUUCAGUUUCACCAGCCACAGGCUCACCCAGCAAGCAACCCGCAGGCAAAGGACCCAAACCUGCUCCUCCACCUCAAAAGCCAUCUCUCAGGAAAUCUUACAGGAACGAGGUUGUGGUGCACAUAAACCCUGGGGUUGUGGAGUUUGACGUCUGAUUCAGGAGAUCAGGACCAAAGACGAAGCUUUGAGCUUGUUUGGAAAUUUUUUGAUUUGGAUUUGUUUGAGCCUGAUGAUUGCGGCUCUUUGAUAUUUUGGACAAUUCGCAGUUGACACGUUGGAUGGGG